AUGCACCAACGUACAUUAUUUGCCGCCUCUCGAGGCUUCUUCCUCUCUCACCGCACUUUGCCGACUCCACCACGCUUCGCUGCUCGCCGAUCCCUCGCAACGCUACCAAACCUCUCUCUCUUCCGCGCACUGAAGAACCACGACCCCUCUAGCCUCGCAGUGACACAUAACCCAUCCUCCCGCUCAUUCACAUACGAGAAUCUAGUCGCAGAUGUCCUCCAGUCCCGGGAUCGGCUCCGUCAAGCUGGUGGCGGUCGCCGCGAUGGUCUCCGCGGGGAACGAGUCGCGUUUCUAGCGGAGAACAGUUACGACUACGUAGUAAUGCUUCUUUCAAUCCUGGCCAGCGAUGCAAUUGCCGUCCCUUUAUCGACCGGUUUCCCGAUUCACGAGCUGAAGUAUAUCAUGGAUAACUCGCAGGCUGGGAUGUUAAUUGCGACAGAGCGAUAUGGUGAUAUGGCUCGGAAGAUUCUGGAAGAAGGCUUGGAUCGCGAGCCUGUUCUUGACGUGCGGAGCAAGAUCAUGGCCGGUGCGACGGGUGUCGGUGCUGUGGAGUUGGAGGGCGUGGAUAAGGAGAGCGGUGGAAUGAUGCUUUAUACAUCUGGGACGACGAAUCGGCCGAAAGGUGUUUUGAUACCGCAGUCAGCGCUCGCGGCGCAGGCGGCGUCGCUGGUUGAGGCGUGGAAGUAUACGCCCGACGACCGCCUUUUGCAUCUGCUUCCACUACAUCAUAUCCACGGGACGAUCAAUGCGAUUCUCACGCCGGUUUUGUCUGGUUCUUCGAUUGAGUUCAUGUUCCCGUUCAAUCCCACAUCGGUAUGGAAUCGUCUUGCGGAACCGUUUCUGCCAGAGGGCACAAGGAGCAAGAUCACGUUCCUCACUGCCGUGCCUACGAUCUAUAACCGGCUUAUGUCGACGUUUUCAAGCUUGCCCCCGGAGGUCCAGGAUGCAGCUAAAAUCAGCAUCUCCCCCGAGCAUCUUCGUCUGAACAUCUCCGGCUCCGCAGCGUUACCAACCCCGACUAAGAAGGCAUGGCAAGAUCUUAGCAAUGGCAAUGUUCUGCUGGAGCGCUACGGGAUGACUGAAGUUGGAAUGGCCCUUAGCUGUGGUCUUGACUUUGCAGACCGCGUCGACGGCAGCGUUGGAUGGCCUUUGCCAUCGGUGGAAGUUCGAUUAUUCGACACGGAUGCGAACGAGGUUAUCCGGUCGGGCCAAGAGGUAGACAUCAAAGGCCGCCCUCGUGAAGGGGAGAUCCAACUCCGAGGCCCUACCGUUUUCCGCGAGUACUGGGCCAACGAGACUGCGACGCGGGAAACAUUCGUCGACGGCGAUGAUGGAAAAGGCUCGUGGUUUAAAACAGGGGAUGUCGCUACACGUCAGCCCGUGGAAGACUCUGGUAAAGGAACAAGCGGUGAAUGGGCUAAGGGGCCAAUGUAUUUCAUCCAAGGCCGACGCAGUGUGGACAUCAUCAAAAUAGGCGGGGAGAAGGUCAGCGCGCUGGAGGUGGAACGGGAGUUGCUUUCACUUCCUCAAAUCGCCGAAGCCGCUGUCGUCGGUCUCCCGUCCGAACAAUGGGGCCAGAAGGUCGCAGCCAUAGUGGUUCUCAACUCGGAUGCCGCUAUGAAGACCGGCCGCAAUGGGAAAUCCUGGGGACCGUUGGAUAUGCGACGGGCAUUGAAAGACCGGCUGGCAGGCUACAAGCUACCUUCAGAGAUGAAGAUCCUUGAUGGGCCUAUUCCGAGGAAUGCGAUGGGGAAGGUCAACAAGAAGAUGCUCGUGAAAGAGGUGUUUGGCGUCUAA